CCGUGUCGGGAGCGCGCUCUGUGUGGCUGCUGCCGCCAUGUUGUUGUGGUUGUGAGAAGGCGGCGGCAGCGGCGGUGGCGGCGGAGCAGCCGGUUGAGACGCUCCCGCGGCCCAGGCGCUGCCCCCCGCCGGCCCUGGCUGGGAGCCUUGUGGGGUGGCGGAGGAGGCCGGGCCGUGACGGGCCUCGCCAUGUCCUGCCGUCCGAUUUUCUUGUGAAACUUUGCAGUAGAAAAAAUUCUUGGGACAAACUUCAUUUGAUCCAGCCAUAAAGGAAAGAAAAGCCUUGCCAAGAUACUGAAGAAAGGACGAGGAUUUCUCCUCCUAAUCUGGGCCUCCUGUCAUGGAUGAAGAGACUCGACACAGCCUUGAGUGCAUCCAGGCCAAUCAAAUCUUUCCCAGGAAGCAGCUGAUCCGGGAGGAUGAGAAUCUUCAGGUUCCUUUCCUUGAACUUCAUGGAGAAAGCACAGAGUAUGUGGGCCGUGCUGAGGAUGCUGUCAUUGCCCUUUCUAAUUACAGACUUCACAUCAAGUUCAAGGAGUCGCUCGUUAAUGUUCCAUUACAGCUUAUAGAAAGUGUUGAAUGCCGAGAUAUAUUUCAGCUUCAUUUGACUUGCAAAGACUGCAAAGUUAUCAGGUGUCAGUUCUCAACCUUUGAGCAGUGUCAAGAGUGGCUUAAGAGACUGAACAAUGCAAUCCGACCCCCUGCUAAAAUAGAAGAUCUCUUCUCAUUUGCAUACCACGCUUGGUGCAUGGAGGUCUACGCCAGUGAAAAAGAGCAACAUGGAGACCUGUGCAGGCCAGGGGAGCAUGUAACGUCAAGGUUUAAAAAUGAAGUGGAGCGGAUGGGUUUUGAUAUGAACAACGCCUGGAGGAUUUCCAACAUUAAUGAGAAGUACAAGCUAUGUGGUAGCUAUCCACAGGAGCUCAUAGUGCCUGCCUGGAUCACUGACAAAGAACUAGAAAGUGUCGCAAGCUUCAGGUCCUGGAAGCGCAUCCCUGCAGUCGUCUACAGGCACCAGAGCAAUGGAGCUGUCAUUGCCCGCUGCGGACAGCCGGAGGUCAGCUGGUGGGGCUGGCGCAAUGCCGACGAUGAGCACCUAGUGCAGUCAGUAGCCAGAGCCUGUGCCUGCGACUCCCGAUCCAGUGGCAGCAAGCUGUCAACUAGGAGCAGUCCCCGAGAUUGCCCCCACGCAGGAGACCUUUCUGAUGUGGAGUUUGAUUCUUCUUUGUCAAAUGCUUCAGGAGCAGAGAGUUUAGCCAUCCAACCACAGAAGCUUUUGAUCUUGGAUGCACGCUCCUACGCAGCAGCUGUGGCGAACCGAGCCAAAGGAGGAGGCUGUGAAUGCCCAGAGUAUUACCCGAACUGUGAAGUUGUCUUUAUGGGGAUGGCAAAUAUUCACUCAAUUCGGAGGAGUUUUCAGUCUCUGCGAUUGCUGUGCACACAGAUGCCAGAUCCGGGAAAUUGGCUCUCAGCUCUUGAAAGCACAAAGUGGCUUCAUCACCUCUCUGUGCUUCUGAAGUCAGCGCUGCUGGUAGUGCAUGCUGUGGACCGUGAUCAGCGGCCAGUGCUCGCACACUGCUCCGAUGGCUGGGACCGCACCCCCCAGAUUGUGGCACUGGCUAAGCUCUUGCUGGACCCUUAUUACCGAACCAUAGAGGGUUUCCAGGUCCUCGUGGAGAUGGAGUGGCUGGAUUUUGGUCACAAGUUUGCUGACCGGUGUGGUCACGGGGAGAACUCGGAUGAUCUGAACGAGCGUUGCCCAGUGUUUUUGCAGUGGCUUGACUGUGUUCAUCAGCUUCAGAGGCAAUUCCCAUGCUCUUUUGAGUUCAAUGAAGCAUUCCUUCCAGAGCAGGAGAGCCAUCUUCGCGUUGUUGCCUAUCCAGCACCUGUAGAAACAUCUGGGGUGAAACUGGUGCAACAUACCUAUUCCUGCCUCUUUGGAACAUUCCUGUGCAACAACGCCAAGGAGAGAGGGGAAAAGCAUACUCAGGAACGGACAUGUUCUGUGUGGUCACUGCUUCGGGCAGGCAACAAAGCUUUCAAAAACCUACUGUAUUCCUCUCAGUCAGAAGCCGUGCUGUACCCUGUGUGCCACGUGCGUAACCUGAUGCUGUGGAGUGCAGUGUACCUGCCCUGCCCAUCCCCAUCCACCCCCGUGGACGACAGCUGCGCACCAUACCCAGCCCCUGGCACCAGCCCUGAUGAUCCACCCCUGAGUCGGCUACCAAAGACUAGAUCAUUUGACAAUCUGACCACAGCCUGCGACAACACAGUGCCGCUAGCCAGCCGGCGCAGCAGUGACCCAAGCCUGAACGAGAAGUGGCAGGAGCACCGUCGCUCGCUGGAACUGAGCACCCUGUCUGGUCCUGGGGAGGAGCUUCUGGAUCCUGACAGCCUGGGGAAGCCAACCAAAGUGCUGGGUGGCGCUGAGCUGUCAGUUGCAGCUGGAGUAGCUGAGGGGCAGAUGGAGAACAUUUUACAAGAAGCCACCAAAGAGGAGAGUGGGGUAGAGGAGCCUGCCCACAGGGGGAUACAGGAGGUCAAAGAGGAGGCUCUUUUAGAAGAGGAGAGUAGGGGGAAGGCCCCUGAGGGCCCGGCCAUUGUGCUUCAUCAAGAGCAAGAACUGGGUGAUGCUGCUCUAAGGGGCCAUCCAGUCACCAGCCUUCCUGUGCUCUCACAGAGUGUUGCUGAGCAGCAGGGUGGGCACAGUGUUCUCCCCAGUUCUCUCCAGGAGCUCCCCAGGGGAGAGGAUACCCAGGAAGUCCCUGUGGAACAGUCUCAAAUAGGAGCUAUUGCAGAGGACAGGGAGGAAGCAGUCUUUCCAAUCUCAGUAGAUGCAAAAGUUGGCUCUGGUACCUCACAGUCAAGUUCUCUGCCCUCCCAAGUUUCAUUUGAGACCAGAGGACCAAACAUGGAUAGUUCCGUGGACAUGUUAAUGGAAGAUAAAGUGAAGUCAGAAAGUGGGCCCCAAGGACAUCAUAGACCUUGCCCGGUAAGCAGCGGCAGGUUCAGUGGCAAGGAUGUGCUUCCUCAAGCCAUGGAGCCCAGGCCUUCAGAGAGGAGCCUGGCUGAGAGGCCCCAAGUGGGAUCUGUGGUGCAUAGGACUUCCCCCGGCAGCACCCAGAGCCUGGUGCAUUCUCCUUGUGCCUUGCCUUUAGCCGAAUGUAAAGAGAGGCUUGUGUGCAAUGGUGCCCCAGAGACUGAAAAUAAGGCCUCAGAACAGUCCCCAGGGCCUAGUACCCUUCAGAAAUACCCUACCCCCAAUGGGCACUGCACCAAUGGGGAGGCUGGUAGGAGCAAGGACUCACUGAGCCGCCAGCUAUCUGCCACAAGCUGCAGCUCUGCCCACUUACACUCGAGGAACUUGCACCACAAGUGGCUGCAGAGCCACUUGGGGAGGCCGUCUGCAACUGGCAGCCCUGACCAGCCUUCCCGCAGCCACCUGGACGAUGACGGCAUGCCUGUGUACACGGACACUAUCCAACAGCGCCUGCGUCAGAUUGAGUCAGGCCACCAGCAGGAAGUGGAGACCUUGAAGAAACAGGUCCAAGAGCUGAGGAGUCGCCUGGAGAGCCAGUACCUGACCAGCUCCCUCCGCUUCAAUGGGGACUUUGGGGAUGAAGUGACUUCAAUUCCUGACUCGGAAAGCAAUCUGGAUCAGAACUGUUUGUCUCGCUGCAGCACAGAGAUUUUCUCUGAAGCCAGCUGGGAGCAGGUGGAUAAACAGGACACGGAGAUGACCCGUUGGCUCCCUGACCACCUGGCUGCCCACUGCUAUGCGUGUGACAGCGCCUUCUGGCUUGCCAGCAGGAAGCACCACUGCAGGGACACUGACCGUGUUGAUCAAACGUGGAAUUGUGGGAAUGUAUUCUGCUCCAGUUGUUGUAACCAGAAGGUUCCAGUUCCCAGCCAACAGCUCUUUGAACCUAGUCGAGUGUGCAAGUCUUGCUAUAGCAGCCUGCAUCCCACAAGCUCCAGCAUUGACCUUGAACUGGAUAAGCCCAUUGCUGCCACUUCAAACUGAAGCUCAGUGACCUGGGGCGGGCAGAGGCCAAGCUGCUGUUCCUCUGACAGGCCCACACAGCCUGGGCAGACCGAGAGGCCUGUGCACUUUGGAAUGGGGACAUGGAACCAACUGUGCAGAGUGAUGGAAAUUUGGGAUGUACCACUGAUUAUAGAUUGAUCUCUCCCUCCCCACCCCCACUUUUUUUUUCCUCUCCAUUUGCCUCCAAAAAUGAGACAAGUACCCUGGUUGUCUUUUUUUAAAAAAAAAAAAAGGGGGGGGGGAGGCAGCUGGUUGAGUCAGGAGUAUAGGCCUGAGAUAGCAGGGAAUAAAGCCAGUGCUGACCUUUGUGACCGUUCCUCAUAUCACCGCCAUAUCAGAGCUGAAUGGAGAAACCUUUGCUGCUGAGGAUGCUGAAAGCAUCUGCCCUAAGAGCAGUGCCCCAGGUGCCCACUCCCUCCCAAGAGGGCUGGGCCAGUCCCAUCCCGCCGGCAGAUAAAUGGGAUUGGGAUUUGGAGGGAGGGGCUCAUAGUAAGCAGGACCCCUUUGGGGAAAGAAGGGGUACACUCCUGAGGCAGUGAGAGGGCUGGGAAUGGGUGGCUAGCAUAUUCUCCCCUGUGGGAUUCUCUUUUUAACUUGACCCAGAGUGUUUAAGGCUCUCCUCACUGUCAGUGGUCUGCCCCUUCAGCCAGGCUGUGUAGCACUUCCCACCCUCAGGCAUAGCAUGCAGACUGGCCAGAGUGCAGUGUCCUGUUGCUGUGGUCAAGGCCAAAGUGUGCCCUGAGCUCGGGCACACCUGGAAGCCCCUUCCAGGGGCCUGGUCCCCCAAACAAUCUCUCUUCCUCAGCCAGCACAGGGAAAUCCAGACUCAGGGUUCCAAAAAUUCCCCAUUCCCAAAUCAAUCAUGGAUCUCCCUCUUUAGGGGUAGAAUCAGCAAGCAUCUGGAAAGGGGAGCAUGUCCCAUAGACUCAGCCUUCCUCUGUUUCCCCUUCUUGGAGCAGCAGGAAGGACCCAGCAUUCCCACUGCUCUGCUCCUGUGCUGCUGGUCAGCAGUGAGGGGCCACUUGGUGACUCUGCAGGGGUCCUUAGAGAAGUGACACAGCCCGUAGGAGAUGCAAGGCACCUUUCCUCAGUAAGCUUUGAUGUGGUCCAAAAAGAGCCUUAAAUCAAGAAUAUUUGUGGUGGAGAUGGGUAUGGAGAAGGGUGGAGAGGAGUUUAGGUUUGUGAUCUUGGCAUCCAUGUUUUGUGCCUGCCCUCCCUCUCAGGGGAAGGGCCAUGCUUGGCUCUGCUAACAGCUGCUAACUGGUAACAGGGCGGAUUGUGGUGGGCAGUGGGGGUGAGGCCUGGGAACUCUCCUGAGCCUUUGGAAGCAGUUCCCUGGCUAAGGGCAAGUUGUGUCUCAGGAAGGUGGCUCCUGUGUGUGCCUGGGUGUAGUUAAGAUGUGGCCCAGAAGCCUUCCCUGGAGCUGUCAGUCCAGGCAAAGCCAAGAGCAUCUGAGCACGUCUCUGACUUCCCAGUGGCAGCAGGUUGCUCAGAAUUUGAAUUUAGUUAAACAGGGUGUAAGUUCUUCUCCGCACUCUGUGUGGUCUGGCCUUGCAGGUAGGGAGAAGUCAGUCUAAUUGAAGAUUGUGCAGUUCCUAGUGACAGGUGCCAAGAGGUUAUGAUACGGGUUUCUUGGGUCUGAUGUACAGUGUGAAUAAAUGCUUGCAGCUCUUAGCCCUUUUUUGAUCAAUGAAGCACUUUUUUAUUAAUAUUUUUCUUUGUAUGUAAAGGAGGAACCGUAACUCUCCGUAGCUGUAUAUAUAACCCUUUUCUCCUAAAGAGGAGUCGGUCAGUGCUCCUAUAUUUUUCAUUUUUUUGUCAAAGCAAGAAGUAAAUACUUUAGAAUUGUUAAAUAUAUAAAUAAAGUGAAUAAAGUUUA